ACAACGUUCUUGGGUAACUAUAGCAACCAGGCGAAAAGCUAGACCGCUAGCUAGCAAGCAUCGUCAACUCUCCUUACCUUAUUUUAUCCCCCAAACAAAUCACUAACCUUUAAAAUACCAUGCUGAAAAUGCACUAACGGUGUGUAAAUCAAAAUAUGUCGUAUGUCGACCAACAAUAUUUGAGGUGUUUGAAGUUUGGGGCUGUUUACACCGAAGAAGCCAACUUGCUAUCUCAGUCCCAUAUUUGUUACCGCUGUGUUAUUGUGAUCCAUGAUGGGCAAAGAUGUAGAGGAGGUGUCCGCGUCUCUAGUACGGGAAUAUCUCAGUCGAAAGGGCCUGAAGAAAACGAUAGCGUGCAUGGAUGAAGAGCUUCCACGGACUAAUUCAAGCGUUAAUAACAGAUCAGAUCUGCGCAGAAUACUUCACCUUGAGGGCCUUUACAAACAAAAUAAGGCUGAAGAACAUCCCUUUAAGUCUAUGUUGGAGAUGAUUGUGAAAGUUAGAAUGAGUGAAGGUGACAAAACCAAAAUACGCCACCAUGGAGACAAUGAAGCACAUCCACUGGAAAAAACCAUGUCCGUAGACAUGACUGUUAAGAGAGAACCAGAUUCUAUGGAAAGUCUGUUGUGUGAAAGUCCAAGGUUCUCUGAAAGCAACAGUGUGUCACAGCUUAUUAUUAAGCCUUCCCAAACACCUUCUGAAAAGACACUAAAAAAGAGCUUUGCUGUUCACCCUGAGAGUGAGAGAAGUGUAUACUGUUUGCCGUCCAGCCAUGAUCUCCCUACAGUGUCGAAAGAGGGAUUUCUUUCUGAGAAAAAGAUCCUAGACACUGAUAGCCAGAAAAACAGAAGCAGCAGGAUAAGACGAGGCAUUAUGGCGGGUCCCAUUGCCAGCUCUUUGCAGGAGAGUAACAGAAGACGUCCAGCCCGAAAAGCACCUUCAUCUCUUACAGCAACAACAGAGGAUUGUAGAGAAUCAGCAAACUGGACAAAUGGCCUCAAUACUACAAAUACAAAGUCUAACCCACCAGCCUCUCUUGGAGGGGAGAGCAGCAUGCUUUCUAAUUUACAUAAAGGAAUCAUAGACCACAAUGGGUUUGAGAAAAUGCCGGAAGUCAAGCAUCGCUUAAAGAAUUUGGCACCCGGCCCCAAACUGGAUGGACUCCAUGUGUUGGAAAUGGUUUUGGACGACAUAGAGAAUGAGGAGAGCUUGUGUGAUGUUCCUAGAACAUCCAUGCCAGAACGUAGUUUGGACAAGACUCCCAUGGACCAGAUGACAGCCACUGCUCUGAAGGAGAUCAUCUUUGGUUCUCCUAUGGCUUGCUUCACUGAAGAGUGGAAACAACAGAACUUUACCUUUUCAGAUACUCCAGGUUUGAAGUAUGGGAUUGUACAAAACAAGGGAGGACCCUGUGGUGUCCUUGCAGCAGUUCAGGCUUGUGUUCUACAGAAGCUUCUGUUUGAAGAAUCGAGCAGUGACUCAUUGGAUGAGAGACUGGAGGUAUCAAACGUUUUGAGGACAAAAUGUCUAUCUCGGGCUUUGGCUGACAUACUAUGGAGAGCCGGGAAUAUGAAGAGAGCCACAGUUGCAAUAAACACAGGAAGAAGUCUUUUCAUCCCGAUCGGACGUUACAAAUCAGACGGUAUUCUGGAAAUGAUAACAUACGUCACUGUUGAGACGUUGGAUGAUCUCACUUUAGUUCUUGAGAAGCAUGUUAGACAGUUUGAGUCUGGUCCCUUUGGCUGUAUUCUACUUACCAUCUCUGCAAUUCUUUGCAGAACUACUGCAACUAUACAAAGUGAUAUGGAUGUGCCCACCUCCACCCUCAUUGGAGCUCAUGGCUACUGCACACAGGAAUUGGUCAAUCUUUUGCUUUGUGGACGGGCAGUUUCAAACGUCUUUGAUGAUGAAAUGAAGCUUGAUUCUGGAAAUGGAAAUUUUACACUUCUUAAGGGAAUUAAAGCACGCUGUAACAUUGGGCUGCUGUCUUUAUUUGAGCACUAUAAUAUAUGUAAGGUUGGAUCUUACCUGAAAACUCCCAAGUUUCCAAUUUGGGUAGUGUGCAGCGAGAGCCAUUUCAGUGUGCUCUUUUGUCCCUCUGAAGACCUGGCAACCGAUCACUGCAAAGAGGAAGAGUUUGACUUGUACUAUUAUGAUGGACUGGCCAACCAGCAGGAACCAAUUAGAUUAACAGUCUAUUCAGAGUCUUGUGGCGCAGAGUCUGCUCAGAGUGACAACGCAGACAGUGAUCUCAUUCCUCCACUGGAGCUUUGCAUCAGGACCAAAUGGCGAAAUGCAGUGGUCAGCUGGAAUGAUACAGAUCCCAUUCUUUGAUAUUGCAUGCAAAAAGAGAUUUUUCUUUGUUAGCCCUGUGUGACCCCGGUAUGAUUUUAUCUGGUGUAAAUUUUCAUUAGGUUUUAUAUUUAAAAAUGCAUGAGUUUAGUAUUUCUUUUGUCUUUUAUGAUGAGCUUUUUUGCUGCCAUUCUUAAUAUCCUUAAUAUUAUUUUCAUCAUUCUGCUGCUUUUUCUUACUUUAUGUUUUGUGUUGUUGUAUGUGAAUACAGAAGUAUAAACACAGACGUAUAUUUAUAAGACAAAUGCCUUACUCCAGGGGUAUAGAUCAACACAUUCUCAAUAUUGUCAAUCAAUAUUAUAUAAAACAUUUCUUGUUUGCUGCCCCCCUCCCCAAUUUAAACCAAGAUCUAUGCCCCUGUUCUCUCUUGCUCAUUUUAUACAAUUGUUUGCAAUUACUUUAUCUUUCACAAUGUCACUUUAACAGUAUAACAUUAAGAACUGUCAUUACUUUUUUUCUUAUUCAAAUCAUGAUUAAAUUAACUGUAAUAAAGAA